AUGUCGCGGGGGGAGGAAGUAUCUGGUGGACCUCGGCCAGAUGCUGAAGCUCCUCUUCCUACCAAUUCUCAACCCUUUGAAUUCACUUGCUCCUGUCUGAAUGUCAGAGUAGAAGGUCGAGCUCCUUUGGAACGUCUCGUACCUUCCAAGCAUGACUCGGGCUCAUCGUCAAGAUAUCAGAUAUGGAUCGGCGAGGAGGGAGAGACGAGCAAACUCGCAUCCUACGUAGCUUGGGAUCAGGAUGACUUGAAGCAGGAGCGGCGAAACUCUACCGGAGUUAGUUCAAAGCCUUCAAGCGAUACUUUAUCUCCAUGUUGGAGAAAAUGCUGGGCUUGCGGGACCCCCCUCUACCUGGCAGCUGGGAAGGAGAGGUUCGAUGCCCCAGUUGCUAGUGAAUGGGUCACGAUAGAUCUUGCCUCUGGCAUACGAUGGGGCAAGGAUCUAAUUGAUGACGAGAACGAUCGACUUGACAGGCUGCCCUUCUCCGAACUACGCAUUGCCCUGACCUCGAGUACCUCCUCCAAUUUUGGCAGACCGCCGCAGACGAAUUUCCCCGCCAUCUACGCUCCCGUCUCUUCCAACGCCGAAGCCUCCCAAUACCUCAUACCACCCGUCCCAGAUCCGUUCUUCCUUCCACCACCUUUCAUCCCGUCACAUCCUCACCUCAGAGAUCUGUGUGACAAGGCGGUAGUCCACCUUCGUCGCAAACAUGAUGAACUUGAGCACGAGGUCAGGGAAUACAUCCAUAGCAAGUCGAGGGAGAUGAUGAAUGCGCAGGAGAAAGUCAGGAAGGAAGUUGAACUGCUUUGGGGGAAAUAUCAGGCUGGACCUGGAGCGGCUGAAGAUCCAGAGCGAAGGAAGAGCCUUGAUGCGCCUACGCCGCAGACACUUGGACAGGAGCGUCGUGAUUCCAGGACCGGACGUAGCUCGUCUUUCAAAUCCGCUACUCCGCUCUCCGCUCAAUCACACGGUCAGACUCCUAGCAAUCCUAUUCUGAUGGAAGCCGCUCGGAAUCCUGCUUAUCCCGCUGGAGCUUCUCUCCUAUCCGCCUCGCUGUCUGCGAAUCCAUACGCUGCAACUCCGCCCGCUCCAGUAGCAGACGCGGUCGACGACUCACUUGCCAGCGUCUCCAAAACGUAUAGUAAGGGUUCUGAUGCUCGAGCCGUCGCCAUGUCGCAUGUCUUCUCGGUCCUGGAUGAGGCCAUGGCGUCUCGCGGACCGAGCAAAGUCGGAAUGAGCAUGGAGGAUCGCUAUGUCGAAACGGAGUAUGACGAGGCCCAGAAUGAAGAGGCGGAAGGCAAGGAUAGCUGGAUCGACGAAGAGAGCGGACGAAGUCUCAGGGCAAAGGGUCGCGAAAUGCUCGAUAUACCCGAUGUCAGUACGCAGGGUUCGACACCUCGUAUGCCAAGUAAGGCUCAAACAUCAGUGGAUGACAAAUCGACUCCAAAGGGCAAGGGCAAAGAAAAAGCUGUCAAAUUUGAGGACCCAAAGGUUGAACAGCUCAUACGAGACGACGAGGUCUUUGAGAUUGAGGAAGAAGAAGAGGCUGCCGAAAGGGAUGCGGAUGACUACGUCUUUGACUUUGAUAUGGACGACUCUGCGCCUCAAGAUGACCCGGAUGAUCUCGUCUCGGCCACACCUCCGCAGCCACCGCGCACCUUUUCAAGGACCCGCAACAUGGUUGAAGCUAAUUUGUCCCGGACAUUUGCCGCAGAUGCGCCUUCUCAUCGUAGUGCUUGGAAACGGCAUCUGGAGCGGGGGACAUCGAUGUUCGAUUCGAUUCGACGGCCAACUGAAUAUUCGGCUAACGAUGAUGACAUGUCGGAUAAUAGCAUCAGUCAGCUUGCCACCUCGAUGCCGGUGGCCAUUGCCUUGAACCCCUCACGUCGGCGACAGGGCGAGUUGCCGCCGAGAGAGCGGAAAACAAGUCUCACAGAUCGCGAGGGUAUCCUGGUACCACCUCUACGAGUCGCUAUGCGAGAGAUGGGAAUCAGCAAGACGAAUGCGCUCGGUUUGUCACCUUCGAAUCCUGGCCGAUCGAGUAGGUCACCACAACGUGCCAAGGGCUCCAUCGUCCGAUCAGCGUCUGUCUCCAGAGAAAGGGAACAGGCCACUUCGUUCAAGCUUGACCCUGGAGCAGUAUUCGAGAGCCUCGCAGACGAUGCAGACGAGGAUGAUGAGGCAGAUGGAGAAGACGAGGGAACGCUGCGAGACAGUAAAUUCAUACCACCACACGAGCUCAUCAGAAAGGAAGAAGGCAAGCAGGGUCCAGAGGUCGGUUGGAGGAGUCUGGCGUCAUAA